UAUUCUUGACGAAGUGAAUCACCUUAUUUCAACGAGUCCAUUUUCAUUUUAUUUUUUGACAGUAGUCAAGUGACAUUGGAGUCAUCUCUUGCCCAUGAGACUGCAGUACUUCAAAAUAACAUAAAUGAAAAUUCUCAACACGUUAAAAAAACUGAUUGAAAAUCAAAUUAGCUUCACGUAAUUUCUCUAGUCUCUAAUUGCGUACAGUUGCAAUUGACUUGACAUUGAAACCACCCACUGGACACCGAUGACACCAAUAAAUCUAAAUUCGAUAUCUCCCAUUUAUCUCAUUCGACAAAGCUGUUAUAUGUCGUCAAAUUUCCGACUCUGAGGUGAAGAUAAACAGCUCAAAAUGGAUAUUGGAUUUUCUUCGUACCACAACGGUGGACCUGUGAGGGAGCAGGAUUUUGAAAGACUAUCACAGACCGUUGGUACUUCGAUUUUAAAGAUUUCCCAGAAUGUAUCGUCGAUGCAGAAGAUGGUCAAUCAGCUGGGAGGUGCUACCGACUCCCAGGAGCUCAGGAAUCAGCUACACCAGAUUCAACACUACACCCAUCAACUUUCGAAAGACACAACCGUCCACCUUAAAGACCUGAACGCCAUAGCCAGUAACUCAUCGUCAACGAGUCCUGGGGAACAGACACGGAGGAACAUGCGACUGCAGAACGAAAGGCUUCACGAUGAAUUCAUGACAGCCCUCACCAGCUUUCAGGGAAUUCAGAGAUUGGCAGCUGCCAAGGAGAAGGAAAUGGUGAAGAAAGCAAAGGCUAGUGCUGGUAUACAGUUUGGAGAGAAGAAACAGGAGACACUGAUUGAGCUGCAGGACAGCAGAACACAGAAGCAAUUGCAACAGCAGAAUUUGCAGGAUGAACAAAAUCUCCGAAUGCUCGAGGAGCAGGAGGCCAGUAUACGUCAGCUGGAGAUUGACAUCAGCGAUGUAAAUCAAAUAUUCAAGGACCUAGGAGCUCUAGUCCACGACCAAGGAGAGGUAAUUGACUCGAUUGAGGCAUCUGUCGAAAGAACAGAAGUAUUUGUAAGCGAAGGAGCUCAACAACUGAGAACAGCAGCGACCUAUCAGAACAAAUUACGAAAAAAGAAGUGCAUCCUUGUGAUUAUCGGUGCUGUUGCACUCUCAAUUCUCAUCGGGAUAAUAGUUUGGCAGACGUCCUAAGAAUGUUGACUAACACUAAUAAUGUUUUUAUGAAUAUGCCCAAUCAAUUUGUAUCGAAUAACUACUAACGAGUCCCAGGGAACUCCAAUGUUUCAUCUUCGAGGGAAAAGUUCAAGAUACUCUCCGUUCCAUUUGUAUGAUAAAUCAUGAAAAUGCAUUACGCGGUAUUGUUCGAGAUGGAGUUUUAAAUGCUAUUGCCCGUAUCUAAUUAUUAUGAUAUAAUAAUGCUGCAGAUAGUAAUGUAACCGAGGAAUACAUUCAUAUAACGCAAUUAAGUGGUUAUGAUAUUAAUGAGCGCCAUUAAUGACUGGGGAUUGAAUUUGGUGAUGAUAAUCAUCGGCAUUAUGUGAAUCAUUCCUUAAUGUAGAUUAAUCAUGGGUAAUAUUAUCAUUUCUUAUCUUUUCUGUUUGUUAUAGAAUUAUUUGAGAAUAUAAUGUGUAAAUCGAAGUAUAAUCUCCUGUAUUAUAUAUUUAAAAAAUGUUGUUUUAUUUUAAUGAGUCAGAAUAAAUUAU